AAAUUCGCUGUAACAGAAACCAUUUUAAGUUUUAUACAACUGCGAAACAGUAUACGAUUGUUUUAUGCAUAGAAUAAAAAACACAAUGAUGAAUUUGAAAAAUUGUUUUAUGUUUUUAUAUUUGCUUGUGCAUUUGUAUACAGCAAAUGCAGGAAUUUGCGAAAAUCCAACGCUACUAGCCAAAAUUUACAAAGGGUGUUUAGAAGAUGGCAAAGGUGUUUAUACGGAUACAGUCAGAGAUUACUUAAAGAAACCAAACGUGCUCAAUGAAUUUAAAAUUUCUAAUUCGGAUGCCAAAAAGAUACGUGAUUCCGUGUGGGAUACUAAAAUGUCGCAAGAGGAAUUUAUAGCAUCAGUAACAGCAAAAUUUACUUUGGAGCAACUCGUUUAUAUUUAUAUAAGAGUAUAUCGUAUGGUUGAAGUAAAAAAAUCAAUAUCAGGUGUUUUAACACAAUACGUCUACGAAAAAAAUAAAGUUAACAAGAGAAGAGUUAAAAAGUAUUUACUGAAGAAACAACGUCGUUAUAGACUAAAAAAAGAGGAUAUCGAAAAUAUUACUGCACCAUUGAAGGUUGAUGAUAUGUCAUGGGAGGAAUUUCUUAGAUUUAUGGUUUUAAAAAAAUAAUGUAUACACUUUAAGCAGCCGGUGGUGGAUAUAAACAUUUGCAGCCUCUAGGGCUACAAAUUGACUACAACAUCCUAUCGCUAUUCGCUGUAUUCAAAAAGUCAAACUUUCUAAAUUAUUCAUUUUGUGUUUAUUUAAAUAAAAAAUCAAGGUAUAUGUAUUAAUUCUUAAAAUUCUAAAGGGUGUGUGUGUUUUUUUAAUUGAUUACUGUACUAUUUGUGUGAUUUCUAAAUUUUAUUUU